UUGUUUGUUUGUGGGGAACGUGGGCAUGCUUCAUAAGCCUGAUUCAGCAUUCACAGGAGGCUUUUUAGACACAUGAUAACUCGCCGGUGAGCAAAAACUGACUUUUGCUUCCGCUUCUUCCGCGUUGUGGCGAAUCUGCCGUUGCGAUACGGUGGCUGGCUUCUCAGGACCAACGACAGGAAGUUUGUGGAAUCUGCUGUGGGAAACAGCGCGAAGGCUUCCUGGGCUUCUCGGAUAGUUAUGGCGGCCGCGGCUUCCCCCACCCCCGGGGGCUCCGCGCCCGAGGGGGCGAGUUCCACAGAAGCCCAUCUGCAGUACAGCCUUCUUCUGCAAUACCUGGUGGGCGACAAGCGCCAGCCCCGGCUCCUGGAGCCUGGCAGCCUGGGCGGGAUACCGAGUCCGGCCAAGAGUGAAGAACAGAAGAUGAUCGAGAAGGCGAUGGAAAGCUGCGCCUUCAAGGCAGCGCUGGCCUGCGUGGGAGGAUUUGUUUUGGGAGGUGCUUUUGGGGUGUUCACUGCUGGUAUUGAUACCAACGUGGGCUUUGACCCUAAGGAUCCUUACCGUACGCCGACUGCAAAAGAAGUUCUUAAAGAUAUGGGGCAGAGAGGAAUGUCCUAUGCCAAAAAUUUUGCCAUUGUGGGUGCCAUGUUUUCCUGCACUGAGUGCUUGGUAGAAUCUUACCGAGGAAAGUCAGAUUGGAAGAACAGCGUCAUUAGCGGCUGCAUCACUGGAGGAGCCAUUGGUUUCAGAGCUGGCUUAAAGGCCGGGGCCAUUGGUUGUGGAGGUUUUGCUGCUUUCUCUGCUGCAAUCGAUUACUACCUCCGGUGAGAGACUGCCCUGCAGGGAAGGAUGCCAGCCCAGGAUCAGAUCCGUUCUCAGAGGAUAGUUUCUGCACCACUUGGCACUUGCUUCUGGGACGGAAGGCAUUGGUUUCCCUCAUGGAGCUGGUGUUUUGAGUCACUGCCUGGCUGCUGCUCUCUGCUUCCAGCCUUCAGAGAAGCUGCAUUCUGCUGCUCUGGGGUUCCUCCAGGCUUUCAGGGGAUGGCCCAAGCCAGACUGUCUCCAUAGAGCAGGAGGCUGUGUGUUGACUGUUAGCAAUUAAGUUCCACAGAGGCUCAGCCUUGACUGCAUCCAGCCUUCUGAGUUGUUUGCUGCUCUGGCUAGGAAGGUGGCAGUGUGUAUAAUUACACAGGCCCAGGAAACUCUUGCCUGGAACUUCAUGCGAACAUCUACCAUGCCUACCAGGACAAGGCGGAGUAAACUUACGCCACCCAGUUAGGUCUUUUUGUUUAAUAUUCUGUCAUCCUUGUUAAAAUAUAUUUAUAUUACAGUU